AUGAUAUUCACCUACUCCAACGCACACUGCUGCAUUGCUUUGUCCUCAAUCCUGCACAAAUAUGAACUAGCAUCAGGGAAAAAGAUCAAUCCUGAGAAGUCUUCAAUCACUUUCUCAUCAAAGACUCCACCGGAGGUCAAGAACCAAGUGAAGACUCUACUAGGGAUUGAUAAGGAAGGUGGAGUGGGGAAGUAUAUGGGCUUACCAGAACACUUUGGACGGAAGAAGAGAGACCUUUUCGCCUCAAUUGUAGACAAGAUCAAGCAACGCUCCAUUAGCUGGACUACGAGUUUCCUCUCAACUGCAGGCAAGGCUACAAUGCUGCAAGCCGUCCUGUCAUCUGUUCCAACCUUUGCGAUGAGCCUGUGCGGCCUAGGAUUUCGCGACAUCAUCCUCUUCAACCAGGCACUCUUAGCUAAGAUAGCUUGGAGACUAAUAAGGAAACCGGAUUGUCUCUUGGCCCGUGUUCUACUGGGAAAGUACUGCCAUAAAUCAUCCUUCCUCAAAGUCAAUCAUGGUUCCUCAUCUCACGGUUGGAAAGGCAUUCUUUGGGGACGUGAUCUACCCCUCAACCACCUAGGGAAGUCUAUCGGCAAUGGGGAAUCAACUAGAGUAUGGCAAGACCCUUGGAUCCCAUCUGCUCCAUCGCCAACGCCCUAUGGACCUAUACAAGAAAAAGAUCAAGACCUUAUGGUGUCAGACCUCCUCACAAGAGAAACAAAGGAAUGGAAUGCACUUUUGAUCAAUGAGCGCUUACCAGAGCUACUUCACCAUAUCCAACUGAUCAAACCCAGCCUCCUAGGAGCUCCAGAUGCAUACGUAUGGAAGGCAGACAGUUCUAGCUCAUACUCAGUUAAGUCAGGAUAUAACUCACUGCAUUACCCUUGCUCCCGACCAACAGUCCCACUAUCAAGACUGCUAACAGAGCCACAAAAAGAUCCCAACAACAACAAUGCAGCCGCUACUGUCGCCCAAGAUAACAACUCGGGGGACUUUGAUUGGAAGAAGAACGUCUGGAAUAUACCCUCUUCCCCAAAGCUCAAGAUGUUUCUGUGGAAAGCGGCUCAAGACUCACUCCCUACAGGUGCGAACCUAUCACGGCGUGGAAUCUCGUCAAAUGUGAACUGUGUCCACUGUAACUGCCAGGAGACCACGCUACACGCUCUCUUCAACUGUCGCUUUGCGCAAGAAGUUUGGAAGUCAGGACCUUGGGAGAGCUAUAUGGAUCACAAUACACUCAACUCCUUCCGAGGACUCCUGGUGAGCUCACAGAGAAAGAAGAACCUCCCACCAUAUGGAGUCUCCAUCAAUCUUCUCCCCUGGAUCUGCUGGACAUAUUCACCACAGGAGACCUUCAACAAAGCUAUCCUUUUGGCGAGGGAAUGGGAACAUGCCCAAAAACCCAAGCCAGCAAGAGGACCUGCUACCAUCGCAGCCCCGCCGCUCCCGACUGAAACGAGCUCUGCAAUCCGAUGUAACACAGACGCGGCCUGGAAGCCAGACUCAACAACAGCAGGAAUCAGCUGGAUCUUCACAGCUCCAUCUACCGUGGAAGUCAAUAGGGGAUCGAAGAUUCAGAUGCAUGUCUCCUCCCCACUUCUCGCAGAAGCCUUAGCCAUCAGGGAAGCUCUCCAACAGGCGAUCUCCCUUAAACUCACUCAUAUCUGGGUACGCUCAGACUCCCAAGUGCUCGUUAGAGCAAUCGACCGGAAUCGAAGUUCAUCGGAACUCCACGGAGUUCUCUCGGACGUCACCGGCCUCACAUCGUCGUUUAUUUUCUGUUUCUUUUCUUUCAUUUCUAGGAAUUCAAAUGGGCCUGCAGAUGCCCUAGCAAAGGCCUGCCUUGCAAACUUUGUAUCAUCUGGGUUUUAA